AUGUCUAGUGCUACUGGAAAUCGUGUCGCUUUCAUAACGGGCGCCGCUGCACAAGGACUAGGUCGCUCCAUAGCUCUCCGACUCGCCGAAGAUGGGUUCUCCCUGGCUCUCAACGACCUUCUUUCAAAGAAAGACAUCCUCGAAGACCUUCAGGCUCAAAUCCUCAAGUCCUAUUCCGACAAACAUCCCGGGCAGAAAUGCAUGAUCACUACGGGCGACGUCUCUUCCGAAGAAGAUGUAAAGAGGAUGGUGGAAGAGGCGGUAGAGGAGCUUGGAAGUCUGAACGUGAUGGUGGCUAAUGCUGGAAUAUUGCCUGGAUUUACGAGUUUCCUUGAUACGUCCCUCAAAGAUCUCGAUAGGAUGUUAUCUAUCAAUCUCAAAGGCGUGUUCUUGUGCUACCAAUACGCGGCUCGCCAGAUGAUCAAGCAAGGACGCGGAGGAAGGAUCAUCGGUGCCUGCUCCAUCGCUGGGAAACAAGGACACCCGAUGGCAAGUGCUUAUAGCACCAGCAAGUUCGCAGUCCCGGCGGAGCUGGGUCAAUAUGGAAUCACUGUGAAUGCCUAUGCCCCAGGCUUUACGUCCACGGAUAUGCUACGAAACCUCGCAACGCAGUCUCCCGACUCGAAAACCUUCUACACCAAUUUGGAGGACACGACGGUCCUGUGUAGGCUCGGUAAGCCGGAGGAGAUAGCGGCCUUAGUCUCAUUCCUCGCUUCAGAGAACUCAAGCUUCAUCACCGGUCAAAGUAUCGUUGUCGAUGGCGGAAGAAUAUUCGAUUGA